CAUAGGUUAAUUUUGUCCCCGCCUUCUCGAAGAAAAAAGGGGAUAUAAAAAAACUCCGUCCGUCUGUCAAUGCCUCUAUCCGUCGGUCCGUCACACUUUCAUGUCUGGUCCAUCACUUUGUCAUUUAUCAAAGGAAUUCGAAAUAACUUGGCAAAAGUGUUUGAUACAAUAAAACGAUGUGUCAUGCGCAACAAUCAUACGCCUACCUCCAGGGUCAAGGUCGCACUUGCUCAUUCAAGGUCAACAUUUUCUAUUUGAGGGUAUAUAAUCGUGUCGGUCCAUAACCUAUUUAUCUUUGUAGGGAUUUUGUAAAUACUUGCCACAAUUUAUCAAAAUAAUGAGACGAUGUGUCAUGUGCAACAACCGGUCACCUACCUCUAAGGUCAAGGUCACACUUUGAGGUCAAAGAUCAACAUAGUCAUUUAUAGGGUAUAUAUUUUGUGUCACGUCAGUAAGUUUUUCAUAGAUCAAAGGAUUUUAAAAUACUUGGCACAAAUAGUCACUAUAAUAAAACAAUGUAUCAUGCGCAACACCUGCAUCCCUGCCUCCAAAGUCAAGGUCACACUCAGAGGUCAAAAACUAAUAGAGUCUGUAAUAUGGUAUAUUUUGUGUCCGAUCUAGAACUUCUUCAUAGUUCAAGGGAUUUUGAAAUAACUUGGCACAAAUAGUCGCAAUAAUAAGACGAUAUUUCAGGCGCAAAACAUUGGUCCCUACCUCCAAGGUCAAUGUCACACUUAGAGGUUCAAAGAUUUACAUAGUCUGUUAUAUGGUAUAUUUUGUGUCCAGUCCAUAACUUUUUCACAGAUCAAGAUAUUUUUAAAAUACUUUGCACAAAUAAUCACAAUGAUAAGACGAUAUGAUAGGCGAAAACAUGGCUUCCUACCUCCAAGGUCACACUAAGAGGUCAAAGAUUAACAUAGUCUGUUAUAGGGUAUAUUUCGUGUCCGAUCUAUAACUUCUUCAUAAAUCAAGGGAUUUUGAAAAUACGUGGCACAAAUAGUAACAAUAAUAAGACGACAUGUCAUGCUUAACACCUGCACACCUACCUCCAAAUUCAAGGUCACAUUUGGAGGUCAAAGCAUAGCAUUAUAGAUUUCUUAAUUCCGUGUUUCAUUUUAUUUCUUUAAUAAUUUCAUUGUUGCAUUUGCAGAUCUUGCAUUGAUCAUAAUUUUUUACUAUAUGUCCUGAGAUCUUAACCUCAAUCUUUUGAAAUAACACAAUUUUAUGCUUCAUAUGAAACUUCCCUGAGGCGGGGGACGUUUGUGACUCUGUUACAAAUUAUUGUUGAAAUAAGUCUUGAUUUGUUUAAAUUUACUACCGAUGACAGAUGUAUCAAAAGUGCAUGGCAUCAGUAAAGAGGAAGAGGUUAAUUGGGUAAAAUCAGUACUUGCACUCAAGAUCACAGCAGACGACGCUAUGACAUAUUUAGCGAGGUCAACUUUCAAACAAUUUUUCAACAGUUUGAAUUCAAAUGAGAAAAUGAGCCUUGAAACUUUGCUAGAUAUCGCUCAAAAUCGAAUCAAAGGCUUCGCAUUAACACGAGUGAAAGAUCAUCGUGUAUGGGUGGUAGACUUACCAGAGUGUAAGUCUUUGUUGGAGAAGCUUGUAGCAGCUCAUUUGGAACCAGAAUAUAUUGGAUGGGAAAAUAUUAGAGAUACUAAUGUGGAAAGGUACUGGAAGAUCGCAAAGCUUUACAUGCCACACGGAAACAAGGAUAGCACUUGUCCAGAGGAUGCAGACAUGAUUGCAAUAUUUCAUAUGUUGAGAAACUUCAAAGUGAAAGAUUUUGCUGAGGAAAGGAAAGAAAUAGUUGAGAUGAUUUGUCACGUGAACUAUUUAUUACGUACUCCCAACAACAAAGUUUCUGAAAGGAAAAUGUUUUCAAUACUCGAGAAUAUUUACCAAUUCAUGAAGAGUACUGAGUUGAGUGAAGGUGUCAGAUCAAUGGCAAAGGAUAAACUUGAAAAGGUUCAACUCAUAUCGAAUUGCGACGAAUGGUACAAGAGAAUUCUACGUGAACAAAAAUCAGAUCGUGCAUUUGAACGGGACAGAACUAAUCAAUUUUUAAACAUCACGGAAAAGCUACUAGUCGAAUUUACAAACAAAACAAGAUUUACCAUUGCACGAGCAUAUAAUGAACCUUUGUCGGAUAAAACUAAAGACGCAACAGCAGUAAGCGAUAUUGAAGCAAUAGGAGGACCGUCAAGUUUAUUAUAUGGUUCGACAUUAGGUGCAACUAGUGGUGGAACAUCGUUUGUUUGGAAAAAAAGCACUGUAAACCCGCCUAGCAAAUCAUCUGACGAAGAACACAAAAAGUCGACGCAGAGAAGGUUCCUUUCUCCUGAUUCUGAUGAAGAUUUAUUAGAAGUUCAUGGCAUCAGUAAAGAGGAAGAGGUAAAUUGGGUAAAAUCAGUACUUGCACUCAAGAUCACAGCAGACGACGCUAUGACAUAUUUAGCGAGGUCAAUUUUCAAACAGUUUUUCGACAGUUUGAAUUUUAAUGAGAAAAUGAACCUUGACAAUUUGCUGGAUAUCGCUCAAAAUCGACACAAAGACUACAAAUUAACACGAGGGAAAUAUAAUCGUGUAUGGGUGGUAAACUCACCAGAAUGUAGGUCUUUGUUGGCGAAGCUUGUUUCAGCUCAUUGGGAUCCAGCAUAUAUUGAAUGGGAAAAUAUUGGAGAUGUUCAUAUGGACAGCUACUGGAAGAUCGCAAAACUAUACAUGCCAAAAGGAAACAAGGAUAGCACUUGUCCAGAAGAAACAAACAUGCUUGCAAUAUUUCAUUUGUUGAGAAAUUUCAAAGUGAAAGAUUUUGUUGAGGAGAGGAUAGAAAUAGAUCAGAUGAUUCGUCACAGCAACUUUUUAAUAUUUCUUUCUCAAGAAAACAGAAUAUCGGAAAAGAAAAUGACUGAAAUUUUCAAGAAUAUAAAUAAAUUCCUGGAGAGUAAAAAAUUGAGUGACGAAAUCAAAUCGAAGACAAAGGAUAGACUUGAAAAGGUUCAACUCAUGUCGAAUAUCGGCACAUGGACAUGGAUCUGGUACAAGACAGUCCUACCAAAACAAAGAAAACGUCUUGCAGUAACACUGGACAGAACUGAGCAAUUCUUGAAUAUCACUCAAUGGCUACUAUUGGUACUUAAAUUAGAAAGAAGACAUGCCAUGAUAAGAGAAAAGUAUCACCAUGUGUGGUAUAUGUUUCUUUAUGCAUUAGUAGGAGCGCUUACUGGUUUAGUAAUUGGUUGUGUAUCAGGUGCCACUAUUGGAGCAUUACUACGGUUUUUCGAAUGGUUAUAGGACUGCAGCUCUACUGCUCACACAUUUUGAUUUACGUACACAAUUUUACACGAGACAAUAUUCGGAACAUGUUCACUAUAUACAGUGAAAAAUCAAUACUAAAUAAUUACAAUAACAAUUCCGUUUAUUUUCAAAUGACAAGGGGUAAGAAGCCAGGCGUACGCUAACAAUACAAUAUUUAUUAAAUGACGUUCUUGACGUUGAUAUGUAUCAAUUGAAACGUAUCUUUUUCUACUAAAAACAGUAUAUAUAAACUCGACUAAACAAUAAUUAUUGCAAAUCCCAGCAUUAACUAAUUAUAAUUCUUAAUCAAAAUUUACAAACCUGACAUGAAAAAAAUAAUGCAAGACAUUCUAAAGCUACCAUCCUACACAUACAUGUCUUAUCCGACGAAAAAAAUAUCUUCUUAAAGCUUAAGCAAAUUUUAUCAUGCUUUGAUUUUAAACCGUUGCAAUGCUUUAUUUUGUUAAUAUUGAUUUAAAUUAUAAAAUUACCCGUCAAUAGGUUGCAAGUAGAUCCUUUGGAUUCAAGUAGAACAUGUGUGCGCUUGGUAAAGUUUUGUUACCCUGCAAUCGACUGCUGCACAAUAUAUCAUAGAGAAUUAUUUCGAUAAAAAGAGACAAAAAUUUGAAGAACAUAUCUUGGUAUUCCUGUUUUUAAGUGGGAUGUCCUACUCGCUACAUGUUAACAGGUGUGAUGAUACGGGUAAAAAUGUACCUCGUGAAAACUGCAUUUUAACUUCUAUGCAAAAUUAUUUACUGUAAACGAUAUGUUGAUGCUUAAGACUCGUUUUGUGUGGUAAAGUAACUUUAAUUGAUGAUUUAAGUUUCAAAUGUUUUUCACUUCAUGGUUUUCCAUUUUUACUUAAAAGAAGUAAUCUUUUUAAGACACCGUCUUCUUUUCUUUUAGACACUUUCUUUGUAAAAUAAUCGGUAAACGGCAGACUUUGUCGGCUUGUCGGCAAACCGGCUAUAAAUAGUGUUUCGAAAUUGUUGUAUAUAUAUCAAAAUGUUAUAUAAAUGUUUUAUUUGGCAAUAUUGACCAGAGACAUUUGAAUAUUCAAUGACCGUUUGUCGUUAAUUGUCGGAUUCCAAAGUUAAUUUUACGAUUUUUAAAUUAUGUCAUAACGGUAUAUAUGUUUAUGUAUAACCUAAGUUACCGACACAACUAGCCCCUGGGAUAAGACGUUACGAGUUUCUUGUUUCAUAUUAAAGGCCGUAGUUUUGAAUUUUAAUGGAACAUCAUUUCUUUGUUGUUUUUUUUGUGUUUUUGUUUUUGUUUUUUAUUUGAGAAACCUUUUUGUAUGCCAAUCACCCAUGCACAACUGUACAACUGUACAAAUUGAAGAUUACAUUUUUAUCUUUAUAUCAAAUUAUUUAGAGAUAAAGAAAUCCGAAAGAAAGGUACUUUUUUGAGGAUACACACUUUCAAUUUCGUUAUUACUAGGCCAUCGGGACGUUAGUAUACUAUGAAGUAGGGAGAACAUUUAUACCAUUACAAAUCAAUAAGUAAAACGUUAUAAAUUACGGAAACUAGCAAAAAUGUUUCUGGAAAUGAAUGAGAUUCAUAUCAAUAUUGCCAAACAAUUAUGUAACCAUUUUUAUUAAAGACAUUUUAAAGCUGUAUUGCGUGUGUAAAUAUAAUUUACUUGUUACUAGAUUCCCGUAACUGUUGCAAUGUACUUCAAAUAUUUUCUGUUUCAUUGGAUAAGACAAUUUUACACUGCACCUGUACCUGUAAUACUUAGAUAAUACACAUAUUGCUUUCUGAUGCUGUCAAUACAUGUUAAACACGCACUGACACCUCACGCACACACCCCAUCCCUAUCCGUUCUUUAAUUUUAGAGUUAUGCUGUAAGUUGUAUCUACUUUUUCAGCUUUUUAUCAUUGACAAAACUAUAUUGCUUUCAUUGUGAUAGAUAAAACACGUUUUUGAAAAAUCAUGUAAUGGUUGUCAGCAAUAAUAAAUGUUUUAAAUGGAAAUAUGGAUUUAUUAUUAUUAUUAUCAUUAUUAUAUUUUGAAUAUUUAAAAGAAUGUUG